AUGGCCAUAAUCACUCUGUCCUCCCCGCCCAUGAACCUACAUCGAAUCCUCACGCCAGACAGCGACGAUGACCGCGAGACCUCACCGGUAGUACAAGCGAAGAUCGAAGAGCUGGAAGACAGCCUCAGCACCUUGGAUGUCUUCGAGGACACCAAGCCCGCCAUUGUCACCCUACCACAACCCAAGAAGCGAGGACGACCCCGAAAACAUCCCAUUGUUGAGCAGAAGAAGACUUCGCAUGCGAGAUCGAAAACCGGCUGUGGCACGUGCAGAAGGCGGAAAAAGAAGUGUGAUGAGACCAAGCCAGUCUGCCAAAAUUGCGCCAAGAACAACGUCGUAUGCGAUGGCUACGAGCCGAAGCAGCCAUGGCGAAGUGGCAAGCAGAGAUCGCUGCAAUCCCUCUUUCGGUGUUCGGUGGGAGUUCCAGCAACGCUGCCACAGCUCAUCAGAGGCGUCGACGGUCCUGUGGAUCGAAUGUUCUACCAAUAUUUCACUGGCCAGCUGGGCAGAGUGCUCUCACUGACUGACAUGGAAAAUCCCUUCCUCGAAAUCAUUCUACCCAUGGCGAGAAGUCAUGACGGCUUGAUGCACAGCUUACUCUACCUUUCCGGCAGCUGCCUCCUAGCCGAGGGAGGACAUCACCCUGAUUGGGAGCAGCGCCAAGAAUAUCACUGCACCAAAGCCAUGUUACUUCUCCGAGAAGACCUCAGUUCGUGGACCGAUCCGGCGCCGGGAAGCUCGACUGCCGUCGUUCCAAUCGGCGAUCCGAGCAUAGCUCAAACAUUGAUUUUGUGUCUACAGACCGUGUGCAGUGGCGACUUGCUCGGUGCAUAUCGUCAUCACCUCGACGCCAUGAAGGAAAUGCUCACCACAUCGAAUCUCAAAUUUCCCAACGAACAACUUCGCCACUUCAUUCUCGAGUUUCUUCUCUACCACGAUUAUUCGAGUACGAUUACCAGCUUGAAGAAUCCGCUGGACCACCGCAGUAUAGCGCUCAUGGAAGACUUCGCAUUGCCGGACUACAUGAUGCAGCCUCAAGCCGGAACACUGCUCGGUGUCCUGGACGGUCUUUUUGGCUACAUAUCGCGCAUACGACUUCUGCGCGACCAGAUUCGGCAGUACCGCGACCAAGGCGUGCAGCAUUGGUAUCCACACGUUGAAGAAGAGGCCUUCAUUCUCGACGAGCUACUGAGGAAUUGGACACCAUCGUGUCCCCCCGAUACUCCGCGCUUUGUCGCAUCACUGCUGUACAAGCAAUGUACGUGGCUGUACUUGGCGCGGACGACGUUGGCGUCACAGCGAGAUCCACAAUUCAAGCAAGCUGUAGACCAAGGAUUGAGUUAUCUGAGAAUGUUGCCUUGGGACAGUGAUGAUGGAUCAGGAUCCAUGCAGAGCAUCUUGCUGAUGCCCCUUUUCCUGCUUGGCUGUGCGGCUUUCGAACCCGAACAACGACCAGAGAUUGCCCAGGCUUUCCAGAGGUUGCAGGAGUGGAGUAAGCUGGGCAACAUCAAGUUCGCCAGACAGAUCGUGGAAGAGGUGUGGCAGAUGAUGGAUGACGGACGGCAGCAUGAGACAUGGGAUUGGGAAACUAUCAUUGCGAGGAAAGGUUGGGAUUUCUUGGUGACUUGAACGACAUUCACGUCACUUCUACGACCGACAACAUUAGAGGAGCUUUGAUGAGACAUUGCAGAGUGAGAAGAGAUGGACCACCGUGCUCCACAGCGGAAAAGUUAUUGCGUCUGCAUAUUCAAGCAGAUGAACAGCACAGCCUCGGAAGGAAGAAGGCUGGACCGGAGAGGCGAGCGAAGCACGAAGUAAAGGAUCAAACUGCCAGAGAAAGAGAGACGGGCGGAAUAUCAUCGGGGCAAUCAUCUACCUCUACUGUGUUUCUGGAGGUUUUUUUUUCUAGCUUGGCGUUCUGAUCCGGACCAAGUCUGAGGGUAAUCUGCUUUGGGAGGGUAUAUUGAUUAAGUGUAUGGGCGGCCGAUCUCGCACCACGACUUUCUGGUGCACCAAAACUGACGACAGAGACCCGUCCAGGAGCGCACAGGCUUGAGAUGAGACGAGGGUAUGGUAUCAGUGAGCGUACGAGAUGAUGGUGGCAUGGUAUGAAUUUUGGUCCUAUUCCUUGAAUGUACGAUGUAUGAAUGAAGGCGCAGGAAGGAUGUCUCGACUACCUCAAGGCGGCGACGUCUGCUUUGAAGUUGCGCCAGAUGGCUGCGCUCUUUGGGUACUACUGUCCAUGGUUUUGUUUUAUAGAGGUAUCUAGUGUUACUGUUAAUAACCACCACGACUGCUGGUCUGAGACUG